AUGCUUGUUCCCGAUUCGAUCAACGUUGCAAAGCAUGUCGAUCUAAUCUGCACCCAGACCCUCUUCCCCAAUGAGUUCUCGAGGGGCAGCCGGAUCGUCUUCUUAUUGAAAGAAGACGAAGACUAUGUUGGUGAGGCCAACACCGCACCAAUUGACCCCGACCCGAUCAGGAGCCCUAAUGUGCCUCCAGAUGAGCUAGACUCGUUUAGAGUGGUGGCUGAUACAGAAGCCCCAGCUGCAAUCACUGCCGAUCUGGACCUCACACCGAUUGACACAGAGACUCAGUCAGCGGUGAGAAGCACAGGCCCUUCAGCACCUGUGCCCCUACUUCCAACACAAGUGGGAGACCUACCGCUCUCCGUUGUUGCACCACGAGAAGAUGUGCCAUGGAGGGAAUUCAUCCAGACAUUUGUUCCUGAAGGACCUUCAGAGCCUGCAUCAACUGUGCCUGGACGAACCCUAGAUCCAACUAGGGCAUCUAAACAGAUGCUGUGUGACCAAGGGACUUUUCCCAUGGUUACAAUGACUUGGAAUCUGCAUGACGACAACGGCCUGCCCAAGUUUGUCCAUGUCCCAGGUUCAGGGGAUCCUGGAAUGCAGAUGGCCACUAUAUACCCUGACCCAGAAAGUGAGGAAUCUGCCUCAUCACUGGCGUGGAUACCUUCCCAUUGGAAAGAGAAUGGUUCAUCAGAUUCUGAUAAUGCAGAUGUUGAGGCAGGAUUGCCUCGUAUAUCUUGUCAUGGAACUGGUUUGGCCAUUGUGGUCAACCAGCGAGGUGAAAUCAAGAGGAAGCAAAGACACCUCUUUGCUACUCCUGCACCAAGUGAAGCAUCCAAGGAAUAUAGGAUGCGAGUGGAUGACGAUGUGGCAUAUGUCUAUAUGCCGCAUGGUCUUGAAUCAGAACACCAAGGCCAUGCUCGAGAACUGGAGAGUAGGCUAAAUACCUACAGGCAGUUCAAGGCACAAGUGCCUCCUGGUGGUGGCGACAGCGAUGCGGCCACCUUCUUUGGCCUUAAUUGGCCUAGUAAACAACAUGAACAAGAGCAGGAGCUGAGACAAGAAGUCUUGACUCCCCAGCCUACUGUUCGUCAUAUGCCGGGUCCUCAGGUUGAGGCCCUGAUAAACCUAAUUUCUCCUGUGAAAAGAGAGUUCAGCAACAAUCUGAACCCUCUUCGGGUGAUGAGCUCAAUUGUUCCGAGGAUGUAUGACCCCUGGAGACCUGGAGGGUUUCAAGGGCAAUCUUGUAAGAAGGGUAUCGAACCUUGUAAAGGCUCGUAUCCUAACACCUCUCCCAGCCGAUGUAAAACCAGAGUUACUGAAAAAGAACUCUGUGCCAUUCCCCACCACUUUGUGGUCUGGGGAAAUGAUCUCGAAAAAUUCGAGAACUGGCUG